CCCAACAAAACCCACGACACAAAUAAAAGAGAAAACCAAGCCACAAUAGUCUCAGCUUCUUCUUCACCAAAUCGACUGCAGUAUGAGUGUCGCCAUUGAUGAUGCUACCUCGCCUUCCUUCUUCUUAGACAAAUCCGCAAAGAUCUUCGUCGCCGGCCACCGCGGCCUGGUGGGCUCCGCCAUCGUCCGCAAGCUCCAUUCCCUAGGCUUCACCAACCUCCUCCUCCGCACCCAUGCCGAACUCGAUCUCACCCGCCAAGCCGACGUCGAGUCCUUCUUCGCCGCCGAAACCCCCCAAUUCGUAAUCCUCGCCGCCGCAAAAGUCGGUGGCAUUCACGCCAACAACACUUAUCCGGCCGACUUCAUCGCACUCAACCUCCAAAUCCAGACUAACGUCAUCGACGCCUCCCACCGCUUCGGCGUCAAGAAGCUCCUCUUCCUCGGCUCCUCUUGCAUCUACCCCAAGUUCGCACCUCAGCCGAUCCCGGAAAACGCGCUCUUGACGGGCCCACUCGAGCCCACCAACGAGUGGUACGCCAUUGCCAAGAUUGCCGGCAUCAAGAUGUGCCAGGCUUACCGCAUUCAGUACAACUGGGAUGCCAUUUCCGGCAUGCCCACCAACCUCUACGGGCCGCAGGACAACUUCCACCCCGAGAAUUCACACGUGCUGCCAGCAUUGAUGACGCGAUUUCAUGAGGCCAAGGUCAAUGGCGCCAAAGAGGUGGUGGUUUGGGGGAGCGGAAGCCCCUUGAGGGAGUUUCUGCACGUGGAUGAUCUCGCCGACGCGGUGGUGUUCUUGAUGGGGAGUUACAGUGGGUUGGAGCAUGUCAAUGUGGGUAGUGGGAAGGAGGUCACUAUCAAGGAGUUGGCGGAAUUGGUUAAGGAGGUUGUGGGGUUUCAAGGUCAGCUUGUUUGGGACUCGUCUAAGCUGGAUGGAACUCCCAGGAAGCUCAUGGAUAGCUCCAAGCUUGCGGGAUUGGGUUGGACCCCUAAGAUCUCCCUCAAGGAGGGGCUGGUUGGUACCUACAAGUGGUACUUGGAGAAUGCCAAGCAAUGAUAAUCCAGGUGAUUGAGUUGAACGUGAGUCUUAGUUCAAUCUUCUGAGCUUUCCCUUUAUCAUGAGCUAUCAAUUCCUACUGUGUGAUGCUUAGUUCAAUCUUCUUGUUGCUUAGUUGGAUAUCAUUGUGUAUCGAUUAUCUGGAAUAAGUUAUUUGUGAAUGCACAUCGAGAAGAAGAGUACUAGAACUAAUUGAAAUGUUGUUGUACUACUUCAAACAGCUUAAGACAUUUAAAACGAUUAAAUAUAUCCGUGCUUUUGUUAUAUACAUUGGUGUUGGUUA